GACGUUACGACGUCAAAACGUCCAAAUGGGCCACAGGCUGACAUCGUGACGCAUAACAAGCGCCAGGAACACUUUAAAAAAAGAUGAAAUGUCACAACACCGGAUGACUUUAAUCGCCGAUUUGGAUCAACGAAUGACCUCACACCCGCUAUCUUGGACGGAUCUCAGGGAGACCGUGGAGUUCUUUCCUGUGGACCUCCGGGACGUGCAGAGAGCGUGCUGAUAGCAAGACCAGCGAGACCAGGGAGGGAGGGGGAGUCAGGAGGAGGAGGAAGAGGAGGAGGAGGGUAUCUUCCCGUAGCCUCGGCGUUUGGCUGGAGGGUGGAGACUGGGAGCGGCGGCGAGGACGGGAGGACAGGGAGGAUCUCAGCCAGAGCAGGGACGGUGUGGAUGUCGUCCUGAAACUUCCCGAUUCGUCUCUACCAAACUGGAUCCGGAGGGGGGGGAAGAAAAAAAAAAAAGACUCCUGAUUAACCAGCAGGAAAGCGGGCGCGGCUUGAAGCGCUGAGCGAGCUGCAGACAACGAGUCCGAGUGCGGCGGCGUGAGGAGACCAGACACGACCAAGAGUGCCCAAUGGCGAGCAAUAACACAGCCAGCAUCGCACAAGCCAGGAAGCUGGUGGAGCAGCUGAAGAUGGAGGCCAACAUCGACAGGAUAAAGGUGUCAAAAGCGGCCGCAGACUUGAUGUCCUACUGCGAAGCUCACGCCAAAGAGGACCCGCUGCUCUCGCCGGUGCCGGCCUCAGAGAACCCGUUCAGGGAGAAGAAGUUCUUCUGCGCCAUCCUGUAAAGACGUGGGACUUGGAAAAAAAAAAAACGAUGUAAAAAAACAAACAAACAAAAAAAAUAGAAAAGAUGUAGAAAUGUUCUAGGAGGAUGGGAGUAAACCAUGGAAGGGGUCGUGGUCGCUUGUUUUUUCUGAGAGGUGUAGCAUGUUGUAGGUGACCAUGAUGAAGAUGAUGGACAACUCUUCAGGCUGUGAUGUGUACAAAACUAGUUCUAAUGAAAAGUCUUAUUUUGUGUUUUUGUUGAGCUGUUUAAAAGUGUGUGUGCGUGCGUGUGUGUGUGUGUGUGUGUGUGUGCUCGACUCCUGACUAAACUAGACGUUACUUGAUUGCUGAAAUUAUUAUUUUGAUCCUUUCAACGCUUUACCCGUGUCUUACUUGGGUUUCUUUCCAUAACUCUUCCGUGUGCUUUUUACCAUUCAUUUUGUUGAAGUCAGUUUCAGCGCUGGGAAAGUAACUCUGUGAACGGCCAUCUCUCUGACCAAUGUGAUCUCGUCUGUCUCUUCUGACACGCAAAAAUCUCCUUUCUACUCUUUGUACAAAAAAAACAAUACGCAAAGUAAACUGUGAUGUGCUGUAAA